GUUUUCUAUGAUUCAAAGAGCCUUGGGAAGUUUUGUGGCAAUGAGAACUCGGCUGAUGGGCAUCACCCAGGCAACCAGCCCAUCUUGUCUCCAGGCAACAGACUCACCCUCGUAUUCCAGACGGACGCCAACAACCCGGAGCGCCACCAGAACGUGGGCUUCUCCGCUCAGUACCAGGCAACAGACAUGGAUGAAUGUUCUGCACCAGAACCUGACGAUGGCUCCGGUCCGCUCUGCUCUCAGAUCUGCCUCAACACCCUUGGCUCAUACCUGUGCUCCUCACACGGCUAUGAGCUCCGCCCAGACCAGCGCAGCUGUGUGUUAUCCUGCAGCGGCGGCAUAUUCGAUGAGCCAGAGGGACAUCUGUUCAGUCCAGGGUAUCCUACCCCCCCGCCUCAUGCUGUGUCCUGUGAGUACAUUAUUUCUGCAGAAUCUGGCUUCACUGUCGCUCUUAACUUCACUGACAACUUCCACAUCGAGAGCGUGGACACUGAGCAGGGCCCAAGCUGUCACCAUCACUGGUUGCAGGUGACCAUCCCGGGCACAGAGCCCACGAAGCUGUGCGGCGGGAAGAGUCCAGGUCUGAUCGUCACAAACUCCAACACGGUCAGACUGGAAUACCACACGGAUGACGAAGGCCUGAGCAAAGGCUGGAGCCUGGACUACAGCACAUACAGAGGUGAAGUGUCCUUUUCCUGGUAAUUGGCUAAAGGCAGGGUCACGCCCAUCUUGACUGAAUAUUUCUACAGAGACUACAUCUUUGUGCGCUGUGACCUAGGACACAAGCUGAUGAUGGCUGGCCAGGAGG